CGGAGGAAYUGGAGAAAGCACAGGAAGAGUGGUUGAAAGAACACGUAGUGGUAGUCUUUUUCCAGGGCGYUUUCAAAUCCCURGCUGCARAUAAAAAARAACAGUGUAUUAGAGCACUCGAAGAUUCGAUCCUUCCGCCUUGUCUGCACCACAAAGAAAGGGGAAGGGUCCAUCAAGAGGGGAAGAACGUCAUGUCUUACUACCCUCGGGAUAAGAGAACAGUAGAUUUUUUGUUGAAUAUGGGCGCUCACAAACUGAAGGUGGACGGGGCAGUCUACAAACUCAGUUUCAAACGCUGGAUGUCACAAAAAGAACUGGAAAAAUCAAAGGAAGAGGAAUCAAUCAGCAAAAUUUGGGUAAUGGCUCUGAGAGUGCUGAUCAAAGCGGUUCCUUUUGUCAGGUCAGGAAUCGAUUUUGCAGUUGGGAAAGUUUUGAAGCAAUAUCCGCCAGAAAGGUACGAGGAUAUGCCAAAGUUGAACAAUGUGAAAUUUGACAUUCCUUGUGACAGGAGGAACCGCGUACCUAAUGAUCUACAAUGGCCUCAGAUUGACGGAUCAUUGUACGAGAUCAGGAUUGUUACUCAGUUCACCGACUACUGCCAAAAUUGUAGGGACUAUGCAGGUCACUCAACAGAUUGUUGUCCUGAAACAGCAGAUGCCCACCCGUUUGAAUUGAAGAUAAAUACAAGAGAACAGUCCUCUCCCUCUAGAAAUCAACUGGCGCAGCGGGGAAGAAGAAAGGGUUCGGCUCCUACCUCGCUACAGACGAUCACCAGCAAAGACGGUCGACGGGCAGGAGCUUUCGGAUUGGAUAAGAUUGGCCCCCCAUCAGGCAGUCUUAUGGGAGGAGGAGGCCAAGGGGCUACACGCUCUACAAGCCUUGGAUCAGGUAAUCAGAGCAUGAAAAACUCCAAACCUGGUCCCAAAACCAUUGCCUGGAAGAAGACAGUACAGACAACUCUCCAUCCUGGCCCAAAGGAUCAAUCGGGUAAGACUGCUGGUCUGGAAAGCCGCAGCGGUGAAGACUCGGGGGGUGGAGGGUGCAAGGAAGGGAAGGAGGCAGAGGAGGGGGGAAAAGGGAAUGUGCUGUCAACAACAGGAAAUCAGGAAGCAUCUUUGAGAGGGGGCACUCCUGAGCCCCCUAUGGCAGAGGGCAGUAACGAUAUCCCUGGGCCUAUGUUACCCCCCCCACCGUCCGACAGCGGUUUGCAGAAGACCAGCGAGCCAGCGGUAGGAGGAGGGCAUGGGGCGCAGGGGAAUGUAACAGAAUCUGGGUUUAAACUAUCUGGUCAGGACUCUUCACCAGUUGCAGAAGAGCUGAACAAAGAACAGGAUCCGCUCCCUACCAACAAGGAGACGGAAAAUGGGGAUUGUGAUAUGGGAAAUGAGAGUGAAGAGGUAGACUCUGAUGCUCAAACUGACUCUUCACAGGAUUGGAAGGACUCAGCUGGUUCUGCUGAUGAGCCUUGCAACCCCAAGGAUAAAAAAGGAAGAAUGGACUUCUCAGAGAGCAUCGUGUCACCCACUCUCACGUGUAGAGUAAGGCCCACUCGCGGUGGGACUUCCACCACCCCUUACACGAAGGAGGAGGAGGAGAAGAUGGCUGCCAUUCUGCAGGAGAAGAAGGAGAAGAAGGAGGCCAAGAAGAAGGCCUUGAACGAGGAGCAGGCGGCCAAAUUAAAGAAGAUGGAAGAAGAGAUGGCCAGGGAGAAAGAGAAGUUGAAAAAGGAAGAAGAAGAGAACCUGAAGGAGGUGGAUGAAGAAGAGGAAGGACCGCCACCGCAAAGGAGUAGUGGGCAGCCCAGUAGUAAUACCGAUGGAGACUUAGAGAAGAGGAUAUCUGAAUGGGUUGCCAACCUGACUGUGGGAGAAGAGGAAGAGGUUAGUAUGUACAUCCSGMAGGAUCAGCAAGAAGCCGCCAUGAAGGCUUGGGAGGCAGAGAAAGACCCUCUGAAACGUCAAGCGUUGGAAGACGAGAAGAAGAUGGAAUGGAAAUUAGCGGUGAUGCGGGAGAAGAAGAGGAGAAUCGACAAGGCAGCGGAGGCGGCAGAGGCCUUAGAGGAAGUGAAGAAUAUAGAGGCGCAAUUAGCGGCCCAACCCGAUCUCCCGAAUUAGAUGCGAGUCAUAGCUCGAAGCGUU